UCUAUUUUUGCAUAAAGCCAUAUAUAUAAUAUAUUCUCCCUGUUCCCUCUUUUAUUAGUUCUCUCAUUUCACUCAAAAUAAUAGUCAAUUUUUCUUAUUAUAUUAUAUAAUAAGAUGUGUGGGAGAGACUAGGUAGUGACUAAAAGCUGAUCAGCAGAGAAAAAUUAUGGGAAGAGCUCCAUGUUGUUCUAAGGUUGGGUUGCAUAGAGGUCCAUGGACUCCUAGAGAAGACACACUUCUCACUAGCUACAUUCAAGCCCAUGGUGAAGGCCAUUGGAGAUCCUUGCCUAAAAAAGCUGGGCUUCUAAGGUGUGGAAAGAGUUGUAGGCUAAGAUGGAUGAACUAUCUUAGACCAGAUAUCAAGAGAGGUAACAUUACUCCCGAUGAGGAUGACCUUAUAAUUAGGCUGCAUUCUCUUUUGGGCAACCGUUGGUCUCUCAUUGCGGGUCGCCUUCCGGGUCGGACCGAUAACGAGAUCAAGAACUAUUGGAACACCCACUUGGGCAAACGUAUCGUAGGAUCCGACCCGGAAAAAUUAUCGGGUACCCGAGGAAGGUCCACCAAGAAAAGAGGGAACAUUAAUAAUAAUAAUAACAAGACUAGUGCAAAUGCAAAGAAGAAGAAAAUCAUUAACAAGAAGAACAACAAGAAGAAGAAUAAGAGCAAUGAUGAGUUGGAGAUGCCCAAAAUCCAUCUUCCAAAGCCAGUUAGGGUUUCUUCUUUCUCCUUGGUUAGGAACUACAGCUUUGAAGGGAGCACUACUACUAGUAAUAAUAUUAAUAAUAACAUUACGAAUAAUAAUAAUAAUAAUAAUAACGUUACUACUAUUACUCGAUGUGAGUCUAGUUCGAGCCAGGAAAUAAAAGGAUUAGAUCAUCAUGAAGUUGAUGAUGAUAAUAAUGAUGUAAAUGAUGAUGAACAUGUUCCUUGGUUGAGUUUCAUGGCUGAUGAUAAUGAUGAUGAUCUUGAUAAUGAUCAUGACCUUGUCAUUAAUGGUAGUAAUAAUUCUACUACUACAGCUGCUUCUGAUAAUAAUCAUAGCAAUAAUAAUGAUAAAGAUCAUCAUAAUAAUAAUAAUAGUUAUACACUAGAAAAGCUCUACGAGGAAUAUCGGCAGCUUCUGAAGACCGAAGAAUUUCACGAUCAGCAGCAGCAUCAUGAUCACCAAGCUGAGUUAGACUCCUUUGCCGAGUCAUUGUUGAUCUAAUAUAUAAUAAUAUUAUUAUUAAUAAUAAUUAUGAUCUUACAUAAAUAAA